CCUAUAUUAUGCGGUGACAGCGAGUGACAUAAAUACAUACGCCAAAAUCAAAGUAUGCACUAAGCCUGCAAGAUUUUGUCUUGGUACGCACUUACUGCCCUAUAUGUUUUAAGCGAGUUUCAUACUUCACACGCACACCAGAAACAUUGUGAUUUUCAAGGUAGGCUUUUCUCCAGAAGAUAGAAGAUGUUUGGCCAACUUGAGCAUGAGCUAGAGCUGCACGUGCCGGCGAGUGAGGCAUGGGAUCUGUUUGGUGCCCUUGAAAUAGGAAAACUUGUUGCCCAAGAGCUGCCGGAAUUGUUUCAAAAGGUGGAGCUAACAGAAGGAGAUGGAGGGGUUGGGACUGUCCUCAAACUAACUUUUGCUCCAGGUGUACCUGGGCCAGCUGGUUACAAAGAGAAGUUCACUAAGAUUGAUAAUGAGAAGCGCAUAAAAGAAACAGAGGUAGUUGAAGGAGGGUACUUGGAGUUAGGAUUCACUCUAUUUAGAGUUCGUUUGGAAGUGAUAGAGAAAGGUGAAGAGUCCAGCAUAAUCAAAUCUACAAUCGAGUAUGAAGUCAAGGAAGAGAACGCGGCCAAUGCCUCACUUGUUACUAUCCAGCCAGUGGCAACCAUUGCUGAACUUGCCAAGAAUUAUCUCAACAAAAACAAGGCUGCAAAAGAAGCAAAUUAAGUAGUAAUCAUUUGCCUAUAUAGUUCAUGAAUAAAGAUACCAACUUAAUUACAUGCUUUGUUUCAUCAAUUCAUAUCACAAUGUUUUCUUUCUCAGAUGAUUUGCAUUUAUCUUGAGAAACAUCUAUGCUAUGAAAUGAGAAUUGGGUGGUAGUAAUACCAUAUACAUUUUGUUGAUCAGUA